GAGAGAGAGAGAGAGAGAGAGAGAGAGAGAGAGAGAUAUGGGAGUCGGGGUCGGUAAGGAAGAUGGGGGUCUCGAUCUGGAGGAGGAGAAGAACAAGUACAGGAGGAUGGACUCCGAUUUCGCGGAGGAAGACGACGGCGCCAACGUCGAGUCUCGUCGUCAGCAAGAAAUCAAGCCUUCCGAUACCCAGAAAUACGUAUUCGCCUGUGCACUCUUCGCCUCUCUCAAUUCUGUGCUUCUGGGUUAUGAUGUGGGUGUGAUGAGUGGAGCAAUUCUAUUCAUGAAGGAAGAUCUGAAUCUGACAGAAGUGCAACAGGAGGUCCUUGUCGGGAUUCUAAGCAUCAUUUCUCUCCUGGGUAGUUUAGCUGGCGGGAAAACAUCGGAUGCAAUUGGCAGAAAAUGGACCAUUGCCUUAGCCGCAGUCGUCUUCCAAUCGGGCGCUGCGAUAAUGUCCCUGGCUCCCUCUUUCACUGUUUUAAUGAUAGGAAGACUGUUGGCAGGAAUUGGGAUCGGUUUCGGGGUCAUGAUUGCUCCUGUUUAUAUCGCUGAGAUAUCGCCCGCCAUCUCCAGGGGACGCUUGACCUCUUUCCCUGAGAUCUGCGUUAAUCUCGGGAUUCUUCUCGGUUACAUAUCGAACUAUGCCUUUUCAGGGUUGCCCGUGCAUCUAAGCUGGAGGGUCAUGCUUGGAGUCGGAAUCCUUCCCUCAGUAUUCAUUGGGUUUGCCCUUUUUGUGAUCCCUGAGUCUCCAAGGUGGUUGGUGAUGCGGAACAGGAUCGAUGAAGCGAGGCUCGUGCUAGCUAAAACGAAUGAGAGCGAAAGGGAAGUGGAAAUGAGGCUGUCGGAAAUCCAACAAGCUGCCAGGUUUGCUAAUGCCGAGAAGUAUGAUUCCAAGGCCAUUUGGCGCGAAUUGUUAAACCCUACACCGGGAGUUCGACGGAUGCUCAUUACUGGUUGUGGUAUACAAUGCUUCCAACAGAUCACGGGAAUUGAUGCAACUGUCUAUUACAGCCCCACGAUAUUCAAAGAAGCCGGGAUCAAGGGAAACACUCAGCUUUUGGCUGCAACUGUUGCUGUAGGGUUCACGAAAACAAUGUUAAUCUUGAUAGCAAUAGUACUUAUUGAUAAAGUGGGCAGGAAGCCUUUGCUAUAUGUGAGCACCAUCGGAAUGACCAUGUGCCUGCUUGGAUUGAGCCUCACUCUAGCCUUCAUGGGGAAUGGAAAACUUGGGAUUUUGUUUGCAAUCUUAUGGGUUUGUGGCAACGUGGCUUUCUUUUCAAUUGGAAUUGGACCUGUUUGUUGGGUUGUGUCCUCUGAAAUUUUCCCUUUGAGACUUCGAGCACAAGCGUCAGCUCUUGGAGCAGUGGGAAGUAGGGUCAGCAGUGGGGCUGUUACUAUGUCUUUCCUCUCGGUUUCGCGGUUGAUUACUGUUGGAGGUACCUUUUUUGUCUUUGCAGUUAUUUCUGCGCUGUCUGUAAUUUUUGUGCACAUAUGUGUCCCGGAAACGAAGGGAAAAUCUUUGGAGCAAAUUGAGAUGAUCUUUCAGGAUGAAAAGGAAUGGCGAGGAGGAGAGGUGGAACUAGGAGAUGUGGAGCGUUUGGUUCCGAAAGAUUGAUUUGGUUGUACAGUCAAUCGGUUGUCUUAUAAUAUACACAAGUCAAGGCAAAGGCAAUGUGCAUUUUAGCUUGUCCACGACUUCAGAAAUUUUUAUCGGAGAUCAUUUCUGCCCUCCAAUGAUAGCCUAUUCUCUGAAGAAUUCCUUUGCAUCGAGCAGAAAAAUAUUCUGAGACGAGUGAACAGGACGAGAAGGUUCCGUUGUUGCGGUUAUCAACUUUGGCAGGUCAUAGCUUAGUUUGCAGAGUCUUAUUCUUAUCCUCAGGCAUCAUCAAGAUAUAUAAAGAUAUAGUUCAUUCAUGAGGACCGAUUCCAAAGAUCACCUUAUAGCUAAAUUUUCCCCCCUUUUGAUCCAUCUCUAUGUUUACAUCCCGAGAGAUUAUCAGCGGCGUGGUGAGAUGUCGGGCUCGAUCACACGAGAGACUUUGGAAGCCAGGAGUAGACGUGUUCUCGGAAGAUAUGGUGUUUCUAUACUGCUCAAAUUGCCAGGCGAUACCUGAUCUGAUGUGGCGUACAAAAGAGAUGACUGUUUUA